CCAAAGCAUUAUGCAAGUUCAUCAGUCACUCUGGUUGAUGUUUAAUGAGAAUUCACCAGUUAAGGCCACAUACCAAGGAUUGCAGCGCUGUUAAACACAACCACCCCCAGGAAAAACCCUAGUCAUCCCGGAGACUCUGCCCCUUUGGUAUAAAUGCCUGUUAUCUGAAUUUAGAUCAACUGCUGUGUCAUUCACACAGAUACGACAGAUACAGAUACGGUUUCUUGUUCUUCUGUCUGUCUGUCUAUACGUCUUCGCAGCCAGGUAACUAGCUAGCUUAGAUAUCCCUGCUGACUAGCUGGUAGUGCUAACCAUGUGUAAUGUAAAGAUAUUUUAUGGCAGUUUGGAAAAGCAUCCAAAGUAGGGGUGUGUAUUGACAAGAAUCUGGCGAUACAAUACAUGUCAGGAUACAGCAACGAUAUGUUGUAUUACUAUAUUUGCGGUACUAUAGAAAUAACGAUUUAUAGAGUUUUUUGUCAUUAUAGUUAACACACGAUGCUGUUCCACCUUAACAUAAGGUUACUAACAUUGGAAGAGAGGGAUCUACAACUACUUUGGAAUCACUCGAGGAGAAAGAAAAGAAAAAUGAAAUGAACCAACAACAGGAAUGUUUGACUGGGAAUUGUUAAUUCAAAAAUCAAUACAUUGUUGUAGAACAGGGUUGUCAAACUCAAAGAACUGUUGAAAAUGACAAUGACUGAACAAACUGUAACAAAAGAAAAAACCUGUCCAAACAUACACUUCUGUUUUAUUGUUUAUUAACACCGGAAUCCGGGCACAGAAAAUAUUUUCUGUGGACUCUGGCCAAAUUUUCACAUGAUGUCAUGUGAGGCUGGCCCCGCCCACUGUGAGCCUGCAGGAUAUAAAUGUUUUGCAGUCUGUAUUUAGAAACACAAAUUUGGCCCCGCCCACUGUGAGCCUGCAGGAUAUAAAUGUUUUGCAGUCUGUAUUUAGAAACACAAAUUGAUUGCUGCAGGCUCUUUCACCUCCUACUUAUCAAGCACUUUGGCCUCCAGGUUUAUAAGAAGCAUCAAAAACCGGUCCCAGCACCGACGGACGCAGGAGACAGGUGGACACCAUGGCUCAGAAGACGGUCCUGAUCGUGUACGCUCACCAGAGCUUAGGCUCCUUUAACGAGGCCGUGCGUGACGUGGCGCUCCAGGAGCUGACGAAGCAGGGGUAUAAGGUCAUCGUGUCUGACCUGUACGCCAUGAACUUCAGAGCCAGCACUACAAGGGAAGAUAUCAUUGGUGACCUGAAGAACCCAGAAUUGUUCCAGUAUGGAGAGGAGUCCAUGGCGGCCUGGAAGGAGGGUCGUCUCAGCGAUGACAUCGUAGCUGAGCAACGCAAAGUGGAAGAGGCUGAGUUUGUCAUCUUCCAGUUUCCGUUGUACUGGUUCAGUGUUCCUGCCAUCAUGAAGGGAUGGAUGGACCGAGUCCUCACACAGGGCUUCGCCUUCUCCCUCCAGAAGCUUUAUGACAAAGGCGCUUUAAAGGAUAAAAAAGCCAUGUUGUCCUUCACAACUGGAGCCAUGCAGACAAUGUUUCGGCCUGAUGGGAUCAACGGGGACAUCAACGUCACACUGUGGCCCCUGCAGAAUGGUGUCCUGCACUUCUGUGGAUUUCAGGUUCUUGCUCCUCAGAUUUUCUGGGGUCCAGCUCACUGUCCACCCACAGUGCGAGCAGCAAUGCUCCAGGGGUGGCAGACCCGACUGCAGGGUCUGGUGGCAGAGAAGCCCCUGACAUUUGCCCCCAGCGAUCUUUUUGACCUCACCGUCAAAGGUGGCUUCAUGCUUUUGCCAGAAGCUAGAGCAGAGCAGGAGUCGCAGCCGUACGGCCUCAGCACAGGCCACCAUCUAGGAAAACUGCUGCCACCUGACAACCAGAUUAAAGCUCAGCCCGCAGACGACAAAGAAACGGAAAACUCCUAGAUUGAUAAUAUCUCAGUUAAUAUGACCAAUUUCAAUUUGAUUAUUGUUUGGAAUUAUUUAAUAUAGAAAUAAUAUUUUUGCAAUUAAGCUUUUUUUUGUUUGUUUCUUUAAAUCUUUCUGUAAGCAGUAAAUGUAUUGUCAAAAUAUAAAUUAUCAAAAAUCUC